AUAACGAAGCCCAUUCUCUCACAAGUCUAUUUAGCCUCCCCAGAUGCAACCGUAGGCGAUUUCGAGAUUCAACCAAGUCCGCCGCGGAUAUCUCAGGUUUUAAAGAAGUCUUGAAUCAUGACGAGGGCUACGACGCCGGUGCCGGUGAUGAAGAAGGCUACUCCGGAGGUUUCCAUGAAUAGAACAUUUGUCUUUUGGGACGUCAAGAGUUUUCCGGUUCCCCCUGGCUUUGAUCCACGACGGGUCCGUCAGUGCAUUCAACGGUUGCUAAAGAAUUAUGACUACGAUGGUCCUCUCACCAUCUACGCCGUUGGCAUGAUAACAGACGUCCAUGAUGACAUCCUUCGAACUCUCUCUUCCACUGGAAUCAUUCUUUAUUACGCCCCCCUACGGUACUUCAGACAUCAUGUCCCUUAUGUUUGAGUGCAUGUACGAUAAUCCACCCCCAGCUAAUAUUUUGGGCAUAUGCUAUCCAAGAGCCUUCGCUACACCUCAGAGUGGAUUCAACAUUUUCAGGGCGUUUUCGUAUUCUUCUCCUCAGUAAGACGCCAUCAGCUGGGUUAACUUAAUUCUUGGAGUGUCAGGGUCACUUAAGCAUGAGGAUACGUUUCCUGAAACAGAUGAAUCUGCCAGCUGGUUUUGCUCAAUAUGCUAUAAUCAUCCCCCUGGCCAAGGCUUUGGAUCUUUCACCAGUCAUCUCUCUUCCCCAGGACAUGUACUUACGGUAAUUAAGCAUCCUAGGCGAACCCUUUUUUUAACACUUGACCAUUGGAGAAAAUGAACCCAUGAGUAAAUUCGAGGACGAGGAUGGGAAACCUUCCACCAUUGUCUGGUGGCGACCAAUGAAGCCUACCCGGGAGGAGGCUUCUUUGGCUGAGACAUUGGUCUUUUGGGACAUCAGUAAGUUCCCGGUUCCCUCCACCUUCGAUGCUGGUCGUGUCGGUCCAACCAUUAAACGGUUUUUGGAGCUAGAUGGCUACUGCGGUAAUCUCACCAUCAACGCCGUUGGCAUACUAACAGACGUCCCUCCAUGCAUCCUUCAAGCGCUCUCUUCCACUGGAAUCAAUCUUUAUCACUCCCCCCACGGUACCUCAGACAUCAGGUUGCUCAUUUCUCAGUGGAUCUCCAAGAAUUUACCCCCAGCUAAUAUUUUGGGCAUAUGCGAUCCGAGAGGCUUCCCUCCUCCUUUGACUGGAUUCAACCUUUUCAGGCCGUUUUCCUAUUUUUCUCCUGAAGAAGACGCCUUGCUCUGGGGAAGCUCUCUUCGGACAGUGUCAAUGACAACUGGGGAGGAUAUGUUCAGUGAAACGAAUGACUCUGCCAGCUGGUUUUGCUUAACAUGCAAACAACUUGGUGGCCAAGGCCAUGAAAGUUUCAGCAAGCAUCUCUCUGGUCGGAAGCAUUCACAGGGAAGCUUUUCUAAGAAAAAGAGCACGUGAACAAGAAGAAGAAGAAAAUGUUGGGUUAAGUUGAUACCUAUGCUCGUUUAUAUUAGUUUUAUGAACUGUACUUCUUAAUUAUGUUACAAAUGAUCAGUAACGUGGCAGUUUAAAACAGUUUAGUUUGAAUGUUUGAUAGUAGUAAUGCCGGUUGAUAGCUCUUUCCACAAGAGUGAGUAUGUCAAGAGUUAAAUGUUUCGUUCAUGUCAAAAACUGAAACAAUAUGUGUAUUGUUAAUUCUAAAAAUCGAUCUUACAUUCUAA